AUGAAUGAGACACCUUCUUCUCCAAUAUCUCCAAAGAGUAUUGAGGCUCAAGUUUUUACUCCAAUUCAGAAACAGCAGACGGUAACAGAGGGAACGUAUGAGGCUACACAACCAUUGACUGAGAUCAUUUCAGCAAACAAUAAAAAGGAGGAUACACAUGCUGUGCAUCACACACCUUCCUCUCCAUUGUCUUCACUAAUUGCACUAGUUAUUGAAGAAAAUAAGAAUGCUUUGAGUGAGACAGAAACUGCGACCCAAUAUUUUUCUCCAACCUCUUACACAGCCUCUUACACAGCCUCUUACUCAGCAAACACACACCUUCAGACAAGUGAGGGAGAGCAAUCCGAUGAGACACCAUCAGAGCAGAAUCAAGCAGAAGAAAAUCUCAAGGAUACUACAGAACCUACUACUGAGCUAGUUUCCACAGAGCCUACUACUGAACCUACUACUGAGCAUGUUUCGAAGAUACCGCCUAUUACUCAGAAAACAGAGCAUCUUCAGACAAGUGCUAUAGAUUUUUCAGAAACAAACGAGGUUGAAGUAAGCAGGCUUCUAGCUCACUUUCAAAUAGGCGCAGAGGUUGAGAUUUUGUCUACUGAUGACGAAAUAUGGUAUCCAGGAAAGGUUGUUGAUCUUAAACUGUGUGAAGGACUAGAGGAGCUGACAGUUGAGUACACGACACUCUUCGCAGACCAACAUAGACUUCAGAAACUUCAGGAUACUAUCACGGCUGACAAAAUACGUCCUGCAACACCAACUAGUGACCAAAAAUCCUUUGAGAUGAUGGAUAAGGUAGAAGUCUUUUACAACAAUGGCUGGAGCAGCGGACAAAUUAGCAUGGUACUUGGUGAUAACACAUACUCGGUGUGUCUCUAUACUUCUAUGGAAACUAUUCUAUUCAAACAUUCAGAUUUGCGAAUUCAUAGAGAAUGGAAAGAUGGAGUCUGGAAGAUGGCAGAUAAGGUGAAGCCUGAUAAGAAAAGGAAAGCUGCUGCCUCAUCACAAAAUUCAGGAAUGGAUAAUGUUUUCCUAAGAAGGAGCGAGAGGGUGCCUAAACGAUCUAGAGACACAAAAACUCCAUUCAAGUCUGAAAGAAAUCCGGCUUUAACUGUAAUACAUGAGAUUAUACCUGCAGUUGAUCCGUUUUCAACUCCUGCGGAACAUAAGCUUUCAAGGCUUCAAAAUUGGAUGACAUUAAAGCCCGGCAUGCAUGAAACGUCCCUAUCAAUCAAUGAUAAUAAGAUAAGGAAAUCUUUCUUUCAAAGCAUGGAAAAUGCAAAAAAGGACCUUAAGAAAGAGCACAUUGAUGGAGCCUUUGCAAUGCUAAAUUGCAGAAGAAAUGAGAAUGCUGCUUGGUUCCACAACUACAAGAUUCCAAAGGCGUGCUUCCUACCUAUGGAGUUCUUGCAUUGCUUGCUCUCUCAUGAUUUGGCUUACAAGAAAGAAAAGGUCAAAGGUAAAAAGAUUUUCAACGAUUUAUUUAAAGAUAUUGUAAGAGGGAAGGUAUAUCCAGAGAAGACAUGGGGAGAAGAUGUUGAUGUUGUGUAUGGGAUUACUCUUGGAAAAAAAAGCAAUGUCUGGAUUGGGAUGGAAAUUCAUUUGAAGAAGAAAAGAAUCACAGUAUAUGAUUGUUUUCAAAAGGAAAGCAACAGCAUUGAUAUUCCUCAAGUGAAAAAGUUGGCAGUGUUGAUUUCUGAUCUGCUGGUGGAAUCUUCUGGUGAUGAGGUAGAUAAAGUGAAGAUGAUUCCAUUUGAGGUUGAGCAGGCACAAGGUUUACCCAAGACAAAACAUCCUUUCAACUGUGGGAUAUUUCUUGUCAAGAUUCUGGAGUGCCAGUCAUUGAAGAUAGGAGACAUGACAAAGAUUAAUGAUGACAAUGCAUUGGAGCUAAGGAGAACCUUGUCUUGUGAGAUCUUCAACCAAUUUGUGGAUGAGAGCUUUGGGAAAUGAGAAUGAUGCAUCAAAACAUUUUUUGUUUUAGUUAAGACUCGGUUUUAGUUAUGACUGUUUAUUUUGUUAUGUUGUUGGCGUCUGGUUACAUAAGAAAGAUUGGAAGGAUAUCAAGUAUUUUUUUUGGGU